AGAGGAGAAUGAGGAAGCCAAAGCGAGGCACAUUUGUAUAGGAAUUGCUGGUGUCUUGUCAUUCGUGGCUUCAGUGCGUCUGCAGUAAAUCUAAAGCUCACUGACCAAGAGCCGUUUCCGGUGUCCAUAAGGCGUCUGUGACGUCAGCGUCAGGCGGAAGCGAUGUCACGUGACUCAAGCAUGAGCGAGAAGAGAGUGAGUGAACAUCCACUUCUUCCUCAGGUUCCCAUAAUACGCCUUCCCCGGGCACCGUCGCCUUCCGGGCGUGGUUUUGAUCCCUCCUCACCGCGGGCUUUGGCACAUCAUGGCUCUGAUGGCUAUCAGAAAGUCCGGUCCACUCUUCGCCUGCACUUUCUUCGCAGUCUUCUCGCCUCUUCAGGUCUUCCAGUUGCAUUCACACUUUACCAGCGUGUCACCGUUUCUGCCGGGAGAUUUAACACCUGUGACAUAGAGGGACAUAAUUUUCAGGUCUCCAACCUGCAGACACCUCUUGGUGUGCAAAGUGAAGCGCUUAUUCGUGGGCCAGAUAUUAUUUCUUACUCCUUUCAUCUGUAAGGACUGCUUCUUAAUGUUUACUACCACUUUCUAGGCAUGAGGGUGCAGUUGUAGGAGUUAUGCUUUGCUAUUACAUAUACAGGCAGC